AUGCCAUCAUGGGAUCCACUGAGCACCCGCAUUCUUGCAUUAUCCCCAGGCUCCUGGAGAAGACAGGCCGAGCUGCUCGCUCUACUCCAAGAUGCGUCACAAGGAGUCGAGAUCUUUCCUUGGGACUUUGCUUCGGAACGGGGAAAAGACAUAAUUCAAAUACUCCUCCUUCUUUCCAGCCCCACAAGUAAAGGACUCAUCAAUGUAACUACCUUGGACAUCAUGAAACAACCAAUCACGAUUAAACAGACGAAUGAACUUCUUAGUAAUUGUCCAAUGCCUCGAUUACGGACUCUUUCCUUAACUCUUGCAGUAAGGAAUCGCAGACCGCAAGUCACGGAGAGCAUAGAAUCCCAAUUAAAAUUGGAAGAAGUUGCCAUCCGCUUUAUCGGAAAAUUGACACCAUGUGAAAUGCUUUUGUUGAUGCAAAGCUUCGGCGACGUACGCAGGAUGGCCUGCGACGACUUCUCUCACCGUCGAUACCGCUUAGGACGCCGGCCCAGCAACUGGGAACUCUAUAAGCCCUGGAUCCCACGGUGGAAUUGCCUUCAGAUUCACCGUGCAUCUGAACUGCUUGAUUUGUUCCUGGGUGAAAGGAAGUCUGUCAUGCAACUCCCAGAGUUGACCCUACUGACAGAGCCAGGUCAUUUUUUUCCAAAGAGAUACCUUACCAGCUCUUCGAAUUUGCCUAGGAUUGUGACAUAUCGCGUGCUUAAAAAACCACCAUUGGGCACUCCGCAAUUUUGCACAGUCUGUAUUCCUACCGAGGACAGACACUACAUGCCUCGUUUGCACUGCGAAUCCAAUUACAUGACACAUAACGGUGAAGCGACAGUUAACUUCGUUGCCUGUUCUCUCAUGUCUGUCGAAGACAACUGCGUCCUUCAUCCGCUCCACAUGCAUGAUCUGUACGUCCACAUAAGCCAUUCCGGUAAAAGACAAUCCCUCGCAUUACAGGAUUUCUCUUUUUCAUCUAAAACUCCAACUAACAGAGGUAGAACAGAAACACCAACGCGAAGUGCAGUGGAAGACCUAAUUCGGCAACGCGGCUCAGAAAUUAGGAGGCUAUCCAUUCGUUUUUGCACACCCGGAAAUUAUGGGAGUAAGUCUAAGUAUGCUCAAGAGCUUCCGUCUCUUGCCAGAUAUCGCAUCCUCCCAAUCAUUGAGAUGUGUGGUUCAAGCAUUAUUUCUUUAGAAGUGUCCGCUGAGAUAAUUUGGGCCUGCUGUAAUGACGAUCAAACCAAUUUGGGACUUCUUCGUCUGCAGGAGAAGUGCUUAAAUGUUCAAAAAGUGACGGUGAUUGCCGUUUAUGGCCGAGAUUUCGGACCACAAAUCCGUCCAUCCGCGAAGGACAUUUCAACCUACUUGAGUAUGUUUCUGUCGCUGUAA